UGCAACACCACAGUCGCACAUUUAAGAUGCCAGAACACCCUCCGCCGACGACCGCAUCCAUCGCUAUUGCGUGCGCCUUGAUUGCUGGCGUGACGGGCUAUUUUCUCGGCCAGGCGAAGUCCCUUGGGCUCUUUGGUGGAAGUCCCAUCUCGGAAGCUCCACGUAGCAAUCGCAAGACAAACGAAGAUUCAGAAGAGUCUACCGAUCAAGAGGAUGGGGAACUCAGCGAGUUCCCUGGUCAUAAUGAAGAGUGCAAGCUAGUUCUUGUCGUGAGGACUGAUCUGGGCAUGACGAAGGGCAAAAUCGGAGCGCAGUGCGGGCACGCGACGUUAGCCUGUUACAAGCACUUCCUGCGACAUGCGCCAAACUCGCCGAUAUUACGACGAUGGGAGCGGAUGGGUCAGGCGAAGGUUGCUCUGCAGGUGAAGAGCGAGGAGGAGCUGGAGAUGCUACAGGCUCAGGCUUUGAGUUUGGGACUGGCAGCUCACAUAAUACAUGAUGCGGGUCGAACACAGAUCGCGAGCGGGAGUGCGACAGUGCUAGGAAUCGGACCAGGACCUAAAGGGGUGAUUGACCAAGUUACAGGCUCAUUGAAGCUGCUUUAGAUACCACCGUGAAUUCGGAGGCUGCUUUAGAUACCCAAAUAAAAUUUCUUUG